CGAGGCAGAUCAAUCCUCGAAUCCGCCCACUUUCCAGCGAUCCUCGCGUGCUCCAUUUGAGCGAUUCCUUGGUCUUUGUUUGCGCCUGGUCAUGCUUCAUUAGAUUACACUAGAACACCUUCAAAAUGUGUGGCAUUCUCGCUCUCAUCCUUGCCAACACCUCCUCUCAGUUCGCUGCCAACGAGCUACACGAGGCCCUCUAUCUCCUUCAACACCGUGGUCAAGAUGCUUGUGGUAUUGCGACAUGCGCAACAGGGGGGAGAUUCUACCAGUGCAAGGGCAAUGGCAUGGCAGCAAACGUGUUUGCCAACGGCUCCCGGGUGGUGGAUCUCCCUGGAUUCAUGGGUUUAGGUCAUCUCAGAUAUCCUACAGCAGGAAGCAGUGCGAAUGCUGAGGCUCAGCCUUUCUACGUCAAUAGCCCGUACGGAAUAUGUCUGGCACAUAACGGCAACCUCAUAAAUGCCCCCGAAUUGAAGAGAUAUCUGGACCUUGAAGCCCAUCGACACAUCAACACCGACAGCGAUAGCGAGCUGAUGCUCAACAUAUUCGCUGAUCAACUCAACGAGACCGGUAAAGCUCGUGUCAAUGAGGACGAUGUGUUUGCGGCCUUAAGCAGAAUGUACGAGAGAUGCAAGGGCGGCUGGGCCUGCACUGCCAUGAUUGCAGGCUAUGGAUUGAUCGGGUUCCGCGAUUCUUACGGUAUCCGACCUCUCAUUCUCGGAUCCAGGGAUUCGUUGGACGGUGAAGGAAAAGACUACAUGAUGGCAUCAGAGUCUGUUGCGCUGGUACAGCUGGGAUUUGGCAUCGUCCGUGACAUCCUUCCUGGUGAAGCAGUCAUUAUUCAAAAGGGUCACGAGCCCCAUUUCCGGCAAGUGCAGAAGCGCAAGGACUAUGCGCCCGAUAUCUUCGAAUACGUGUAUUUUGCACGACCCGAUUCCGUCAUGGAUGGCAUCAGUGUACACCGCAGUCGACAGCAUAUGGGCUUGCGACUUGCGGCACAGGUCAAACGCAUGCUCAGCCCUCAACAACUGCAAGACAUCGACGUGGUGAUUCCCAUACCCGAAACAUCAGUCACCUCGGCGGCGGUUGUGGCGAAAGCAUUGGACAAAGAGUACUGUCAAGGAUUUGUCAAGAAUCGAUAUGUUUUCCGUACCUUUAUCAUGCCCGAGCAACAGGCACGACAAAGAGGUGUGAGGCGAAAGUUGAAUGCUAUGGCCAUGGAGUUCAAGGACCGAAACGUUCUUUUAGUGGACGACAGUAUCGUCAGAGGCACCACCAGCCGAGAGAUUGUAACCAUGGCACGAGAAGCUGGUGCUAAAAAGGUUCAUUUUGCAAGUUGUGCUCCUCCUAUCACCCACGCCCAUAUCUACGGAAUUGAUUUGGCAUCGCCUUUGGAGUUGGUAGCACACAACUAUCAUGGGGCGGAGGAGAUUGCCAAGCAUAUUGGGGCGGACAGUGUCAUCUACCAGAGCCUUGACGACUUGAAGGCUGCAUGCGUCGACGCAGCCCGGGAAGCCGACAGCAAAGAUGCCCCUACGAAUUUCGAGGUCGGCGUCUUUUGCGGGUCUUAUAUCACGCCGGUCGAUGAAGGAUAUUUUGAUCACUUGGAAAGAGUCCGAGGACAGACACGCAAAUCGAAGGUCAUGGACGAAGCCAGACGAGCCGUUGCACAAGGUGUCGCCGGCGAAGACCAGAUCGAGCUGGCUACAAAUGGAGCAGUUGUCACGGAAAAAGGCAGGAUCGUGCCGGCCACGAACGGUGAUGGGAGCAGGAAGCUGUCCAUCCAAGCCAAUGGUCUUUCACAUCGCAAUUCGACAUCUCAUGAAGACGAAAGUCCGUCUGUGCGAGAUCGCAUGGACAUGAGCCUGCAUAAUUUGGGCGACUUUGCUCAUUGACAGGAUGCAAUUUGCAAUUGCAAAUUGACCAAAGGCGUCGGGCGUUGACUGGGCGCGGCAAAUGCCAUAUUGUAGGUUGCCAGGAUGGCGUGUCUGGAAGAAGAUGAUGCCCCGUACUCUGAAUAUAGUUGAAUCAGAGGAGUUGAUCAAAAUGAGGCGCCUCGUUUUGUGCAAUCGACAGUAUUCACAUGACCAUUCUUCAGACCCGAUACUAUGGAUGUGGAUGAAGUCUCCGUUGCAUUGGAGGGUUUGCUUCC